AUGCCUUUCGACCUCGCCAAAGAACAUGAAUCAUACCAUCUGAUCCCCCAGUCCUCCGACCUGGCUCUCAACCCUCCGGAAUCCUAUUUCUUCAUAACCGACUUCCUGAUCAUAUCCUGCGGCAUCCUUUACACAUUCUGCUACCUCUUCUAUACCAUCCGCACCUACUCCGACCGCUACCUGGCUGGCACUGUCCAAUUCCUCUCCGCGACAAUGGCAUACGAGAUAUACUACGCAUACGUAUGCACGACGACGAACUUCCAGCGCGCGUGUUUCUUCGUGUGGUUUUUAUUCGAUAUCACGUUUGUUGCUGUAGCACUCAAAUGCGCUUACAGUGAUAGCGAGAGGAUGAAAACGGUAGGCAAAUUGAGUUGGCAGGUGCCGGCUUGGAUGUCGUUUUUGUGGGUGUGUGGGCAGUAUUGGCCUGAUGAGAGGGAGCAGAAGACGGCGUUUUGGACGGGGUUGUAUUUGGAGCUGCCGAUUGGGUGGGGGCAGAUUUAUUACCUUUUGAAGAAUGAGAAUACGAAGGGGCAGAGUUUGGAGAUUUGGAUGACGAGGUAUCUUGGAUGCAUCACGGCUUUCUUGGUGUUCAUCUGGAGGUAUUUGAAUGUCCCUGAGAACUGGUCGUAUGUUGCGAGCUGGUGGUCUAUUGGAGGCAUGAUUGUGACUUUGCUCCCGGAGACGGUUUAUCCAUUUUUCUACAUUUGGGCACAUCGCAAAGAGAGGGAGAACACAAAGGUCGAGUUAAGAGAUCAGAAGUCAUGA